UAAUGUUUUAAUUGGAAACAGAAGAGGCAACAGUGAUAUGAGUGGUGAUCGUGGUUUAUGAUUAAUUACACUAAUUUUAGAUGGAAAAUAUUAAUGAAAAUUACUCGGAAUCCUGUCCUGGUUUAAAUAUCUCUAUGGGACAGUAGACCUAUAUUGUUUGAAAAUGGAUUAUAGUUAGGAUCUGAAAUUUUUUUCAACUGUUCUUAGAGUAAGGGACGAAUUCUUGAGUUAUGGCGUCUGCAAAAGUUGCCAAAGUAAAACGUUCUACUGCAUCGAAAGAGCCACAAGAACAGAAAUGCAAGGAUUACGAUGUGUUAACAACCUUAGGAACUGGUACCUUUGGACGAGUGGUGCUGACUAGGCAUAAAGAAAACAAGGAUUACUUUGCUUUAAAAAUGAUGCGAAUCACAGAAGUUAUACGAUUAAAACAGAUCGAACAUGUAAAAAAUGAAAAAGAAAUUCUUGCUCAAAUAUCUCAUCCAUUUAUUGUAAAUAUGCUGUGGGCAUAUCAUGAUAGCACAUAUCUAUACAUGCUCUUGGAGUUUGUGCCAGGAGGAGAGCUGUUUUCAUAUCUCAGGAACUAUGGACGUUUUAAUAAUUCAUGGUCAAACUUUUAUGCAUGUGAAAUUGUGUCAGCAUUAGACUAUUUACAUACAAAGAACAUUGUGUAUAGGGAUUUGAAACCAGAAAAUUUAUUAUUAGAUAGAGAAGGUCAUUUAAAGAUUACAGAUUUUGGUUUUGCAAAGAAACUAGAAGAUAGAACAUGGACAUUAUGUGGUACACCUGAAUAUCUUGCUCCUGAAAUCAUACAGUCAAGGGGACAUAACAAGGCUGUUGACUGGUGGUCAUUAGGAAUACUAAUAUAUGAAAUGCUUGUAGGGUAUCCACCAUUCUUUGAUGAAAAUACCUUCAAGAUUUAUGAGAAGAUUUUGGAAGGAAAAAUAGAAUGGCCCAGACAUUUAGACCCUGUAGCUAAGGAUCUUGUAAAGAAGUUAUUAGUACAAGAUAGAACGAAGAGACUGGGGAAUAUGAAGAAUGGUACAGAAGAUUGUAAAAGACAUAAAUGGUUUAAGAAUAUUGUGUGGGAUGAUGUGGUAGCCAGGAAAUUAUCUCCACCAGUUGUUCCAAAGUUAUCUCAUGCAGGUGAUACGAAGAAUUUUGAUGAAUAUCCAGAAACUGACAUUAAUUCAGUACCAGCAGCUACAGACGCUGAAAUAGAACCGUUCCAAGAAUUUUGAUCUCUUUAUCUGCUGGUACUGCAAUUGUAGCAUAAUAUGGACUGUGGCAGCAAUUUAUUAUGUCCAUUGUUAGUGGUCAUACAUCUAGGCAAUUCAAAUUGAAUUUUUAUUUUCUGUGACAUUUAAAUUUUUGAAGGAUUUCUUUGGUAAUCCAAAUGUGCACAGGAUUCAUAAUUAUUCUCAAUAUAAAGUUUAUGAUUUGACCCCUAUUGAGACAAACUGGACUGAGAAGUGCAUUUGAAACAGAAUAUUAGCUUUGAAUGAGCUUUAUUUGUUAUCUCGGACAAAAAUACCUUUCGAUUACUCAUGAAUUUUUUAAAAUGCUGGAAUUUGAAAGAAGAAAUGUUUGUAUAGGAAUUUAAGCAACUUUUUUGGUUGAUUUUAGCAGUUAUCUAAUACAAAACAGUUAGUGAUUUUAAUGCAAACACUUCAUUUAUUUUAAUUAGCUGAUAUUCAAAGUUAUGUUGCAGUUGUCAAGAAUGUAUUUAUAUUAAUCUGGAUAUCAGGCAAAAAGAAAUGUUAUAAUACUUGUUGCCAACCAACCUCAUUUUACUCUUUAUGGGAUAUAUUUUGAUGAAUGAUUUAUAAAUAUUCUGCUCUGUUUAAGACCUUUCAAAAUUGGAUCCAUUUUUGUCUGAACAUUGCAAUUUUUUGGCAUUAAAUGUCUGGACUUCUGUUCAGAACUUGGCCAACAAAACAUUAGGCUCAGCCAUUUUUGUCCAUUUUCAAAUGUUUAAUCAUUUUUGUCACCCAAAUUUUAGGCCUUAUGCUUACCAGAUAAAGAUUAAUUUAGAAACAUGUGCACAUAAAUGUGUAUUGUGCAUUUAUUUUUAUAUUUAUAUAAAAACAAUGAAAGUCCCUGUCCAUUUUCUAGUUUGUAAUCAGAAACACAACUAUUAUCUUGGCCUUAAUGAAUCUAAGUCCCAUAAUGUUUGAAUUCAAACUUAUUUUAUAAGGAAUACUGAAUUUUAGAUGGUUUCUUUAAAUAUAUUGAGUGGUUGCCAUUUAUAUGUAAGAGUGAAUAUGGCCAUCAAAUCUGUGAUUCUUAAAUGUUAUAUUUUAUAAAAGAUAUAGUCUGUAGAGUCUGGAAUGAAUAAUUUGCCAAUAAUAAGAUGAAUUCCAUUAAACUGAGUUUGUUAUAUUACCAUUAUAUAUAUCAUAUGUGUUUUGAAUGUGAGAGAGCUUUAAAGACAAUGUAUGGUACAAUUGAUCCAGCCUAGUUUUAGUUUUUUGGUGAAAAAGAUUAUCUAAAAGUUUUGUUUUGUAAGUGUGAAUGAUUUCAUUUAUGAAUAAUCUCUGUGAAGUUCAUCUUCCUUCUUUAGAAAGCUUUUACUAAUUUUGUAUUAAAUAUUGGUUUAUCCAUAUUUAAAUGUAAUGUAUAGUUUAUUUAUUGUUUUUUUUAUCCCUUCAUAGUGCUACUUUUAGUAUUUAAAACAUGUGAAGUAUGUCAUCAAUUUAGUGGUAUAUUGGACUAGGCACUUGUCUAUUCUUAGAAACUGUUUUAUUGGUUGUAUUUUAUUGCUGGGUGGCUGUCUCAUCCUUUUUCACAUGUAUUGGUGCCUACACAUAGUCAAGUUACUUAACAAUGAAGAUUAAGAUGUAUUCUUACAACUGAACUAUCCUUUCUUUCUUGUAAACUUCAGGAAUCAGUGAAUCACUCAACUUUUUACAAAACUCUACAAAUCCUUUUUUACUUUUUGUUUAUAAUGUACAUAGACUGCUAUAUUUAUAACAUAUUUAUUAUUAUUCUAAAUUUAAUUGUGCCAAUGAUUGGUUGUAUUGUUUUAAAUCUGAAUUUUUGAAUAUUGUUUUAACCAAAUAUUUUUUUAUAUUUUCUACUUAAAAUAUAUAAUUAUGUGAUAUUUUUUAUACAAAUACACAAAGUGAGAUUAAGAGUUGUGAUCAAAAACCCUUUGAAAAUUAAAAUGGUUUGGUUUAUAAGUAACUUUGUGUUUAAUUUCCUCAUUAACCAUUAAUGAUGAAUGAGGGACAGAUUUUAUAGUAUUAUUUUAUAGUGAAUACCUCUGUUAAUAUGAAGGAUAUUUUUGUAUGGUGAGAAGUUAAGACAUUCUUCUUGCUCUCAGUAGUAAAUUAUGUUAGAUUCUAGACAAGCUUUAAUUGUUUAAAUUUACAGUUAUUUAUUUGAAGUUGGAUAAAUAAAAUACUGUCUGGAUUCUGGAGGUUGUGUCGACAUCGAAAAACAUUAUAUGCAAUAAAGAGAUGACUCCUUUUAUACAGAUGUUGUAAGAAAGAUAACUCUUGUGAUAUCAAUAAAACAGAGUUGCAUGUUUAAUUAAUUCAAUAUUUCUUGUUUAUUAGAGUUUAAAGCCAAAAAUAGAAAACAUACACUCAAUUUUAUCUCUGUUACAUGUUCCUUCAAAUAGGUUGUGAUAAAGAAAGCUACCCCAAUGUUCUAAUUUUUAUUAUAAGGAUUGGUGUGGAUACAGAAAGUACAUGACACCUUCACCAUCAUAAACUAACAUUAAGAAAUUAAGCUAAACAUGUACAUGUAUAUUUCAGAAAUGAUCAUAAUCAAAAGAUUUAAGUUAACAACUUUAACAGUAAAUCAAUAUUUUACAUGUAUUGUCUUUUUAUUUUAUUAUUUUUCAUGAUGAAACAAUCAUUGUAAGGAAAGAUCUCUGUACAUAGAAAUGUACUGUUGUUUAUAGUACUGCAUUUUUUGUUGAUGUCCAGAACUGGUAAGGAAAGGAACGUUGUUUCCACAUGCCUGUAGGAAAGCAAUCCAACAAGGAUCUACAAGCCUGGAUAUCUACCUAAAAUACAGGAUAGAACUAUUAUAUACCGACAAAUAGAUAAAAAUUAUCAUAUGAAUAUCAUAUAUCACACUCUUAUCAAUGUGAGACACCAACAUCAUCCCAAGAUCUCUGCUCAAGGGAUGAUAUUGGUUGAGGGUUGAUACAGUGUGUGAUAUUGAAAAAGCCAUAUCCUAUACACUUUAUUAUAUACCUCAAGAAGUCUUUUUUUAGCGUUCCAUGAUGAAAUACAUGUAAGGAGUUUUAUGAAGCCUUUGCAACUGUGACUGAUAUCGAUAUCAUCAUGGAUGGCUGAUACAGGGCAAUUGCAAUUGUCUAUAUUACACAUACAAUUUACUUGUAUUUACUACUAAGCACAUAAUAGAUAUACUGGUUUAUUUUGCUCCAAAACUUAAGCUUGCAAGGACAAAUAAUUGAUUACUUUCUUGGACAUGCAGUUUUGGUAAAGUGCAUGAAGACAUUUCUAAAAAUAAUAGAAAUAGCAAUAUUGUGUUUUCAUUUAACUUUCGAAAAAACCAAUUUAUUAUAUUUUUUGCACAAAAUCUUAAUUAUUUGUCAAGUGGAUUAGUUUCCUCAGCUAUUUAAUACUGCUGUGAUGUUGUCUUCCUCACAAUAAAAGUAUUCAACAGUGUUGUAACACGAGUGAUCUCUUGUUUAGAGGGUCAUUAUAGAGUUUUUACCCACUAUGGGGUAAUGAUAGGGCUGUUUCCAACAAAUAUCUAUUUUGUCAAAAACAUCUGGAAUGGAUAAUCCUUGAAAUUGUAGAAAUUAGAUAAGUUCCAUGGUAUGUCUAACAAGAACCACCAUCUGUGUAGAAUCAGAAAAUGAUUUUUUGAGUGACCACAGGUCAACAGGUCUUAAUCAUGUAAAAUGCUGUUAAAUAACACUUAACAAAUAGACUUGACCACAAUAUAUUCAUGUUCAAUAUAUUAUAUUUAACACAAUAAUGUUAGAUUACAAUUACAAAUGAGUUAUCAUUGUACAAUGCUAGUGUCUAGUGAUAAAAUCCCCAGCAAUUUUCUAAUCCUGCAUAGAUUUUUCGUUUGCCUAUGUUAAUUUGUCUAGUGCACACAUAUUGAAAAAAUUAGUGUUUUUGAUACGAAUAUUUUAUUUUUUAAUAUAUUGAUCAUUUGCAAGAUUUAUUUUUCUCUCUUUAAAUUUUUUGAAGUAGAAAAAAAUAUUACGAUAUUUUGAUUAAAGAAAAACCCUUGAAUUACAAACAUGUUUUGGUAUUUAGAAUAUUUUUUUAAUGUUAAAUUUCAAGAGGAACUAUUAAAAGCCAAUGAAUAGAAAUUUAAACAGUGUAAUUGAUCACUCCUGAAAUAGGUGUAUAGAAAAAGAAGUUAAUUUCUUGAAUAUUUUAGUCACAUAUCAAUUCUUCAGAAAGACAUGUGAUUCUUCUGACUAUAUCAAACCAAUCAAUCAUUUUAAGUCAUCUAUGUUCAUAACUGUUUGUUCUCUGUGGCAAUAUACAUUUUCUAAAGUGAAUUUUAUUUGAGGUUAGGAGGGGUGGGGGGUUUGAAAUAAGUUUUUCAUACUUUAUUUAAUUUCUGAUAUAUUCAUUCAGAUACAAUAAAAUGUUUAAUUUUCCUGGUCUUGUUACAGUCAGUUACAGUAGCAAGUUUUUUUUGUUGACUGAGACACUUGUUAUUUCUUUUCAAUUUAAUUUAAAUUGGUUUCACUGCUAAUGGACUAAAGUCCACAAGAAUAACAUGUAUUUUCAUGAUAAAAUGGUACUCUUUAUUUUAUAACUUGUCCAUUUAUUUAUUUGGUAAUUGUGCUAAAACAAUAAUUGAACACUAUUAUGCAAAUUUUACUUUAUAUGAUUUGGGUUUAAAUUGCUUCCAAAAACUUUAUAUAUUUUGCUUUCUCAACCUUUGACCUGCAUCUAGAAUAAGCUGAUCAGGUACGAUCAAUGUUUUUCUAGACAUGUGUUGGGUGCCCUUAUUUUUAGAACUGAAUAAUGCAGUAAAUCUGAUGAUGAAAAUUAUCUUUUUCAGAAAUGAUGUCAAAUAACGUAGAAUGGUAACCAAAUUAACAAACAAACAUUUGUCAACUGCUCUGAAAUUUUUUUGCUUUAAUUUCGGAAAUCUUUCCAGUAAUGACUAAUUUUUUAGAAAACAUUGAUGUAGGUUAUAUCAAUAGUUACACAAUGAAAAAUCAUAAAUCACAAACAAUAAUUUGCACGGACUAUAUAAAUCUGGCUUUUGUCAUUUUAUGAUUGUUUGAAAAUAAAACACAUUUUAAUCAUUUUUUCUUUGCAUUUUAUGUGUUACAUUUAAGUCUCCCUUUUAUGUAUCCAUCUUUAUGGUUUAUCAUACUUUGAAUAAAGACACAAGCAUAUUUAUAAUAAAUCCUUUCUAUUUGUAUAUUUUGAAAUCCUCGUAGAAGUUUCUAAAUCACAAUAUGUAUAUUAUGAUUUUUUAUAAGAGAAUUUUAUAAAUCAUCCCUAGGAGUGAAGACAAUCGCUUCAUUGUGUAUGAGAUUUAUAUUGUUUUGUUUUCUAUACAUUAUUUUGUAUUGAAGUUUUAAAAUAAAGUUUAUUUCAACCAUUA